GCGCUCCCUGUAGAGCUCUGGCUCCAGAUAUUCCGCUUGGCCACUAUCAGCCCCUCUACGUCCGGACUCUAUGCCACGAAGUACCGCCCCUUCGAGCUUAUAGACUUCCACGGAUUCGACGAAGCCACGUCGACGAAGCUCGCGCUCGUUCUCGUAUGCAAGCGGUGGCGGAACUGGGCCACUCCGCUGCUGUACGAGGACGUCCUGCUGCCGCGGCAGCAGAACCCGCUGAACCACAUGCUCCGCUACGAGGACGACGAUGAUAACACCUCUAUUCCCUCAUACAUUGUCCGCCGCGUCCACCUGCCGUACACCAGCACCACCAUCACCACUCCGAAGCCAAUCAAGCCAGUUCAGCUGCUCGCGCGGUGCCCAGCCGUCGAGGUCCUGGUGCGAACCGCGGACAUGUUCGCGUCCGGCAACUACGAGUUCGACACGGACUGCCCCCCGCUCCCCGCGCUGAAGCGCCUCGACUGGUGGCACAACAACGAGGCCGCGCGCACGGGCGGCAUCAACUCCCUCCCACACGUCCUCGGGCAGGCCCCGAACCUCGAGUACCUCUCCAUCGGCGGCGAGCUCUGGCAGAGCUUCCUCUACGCGCCCCCGGUCGAGCUCCCGCGUCUCACGACGCUCCGCCUACGCCGCGUGAACGCGUUCUACGUGAUGGCGCUCGCGCGCUGGACGUGCCCCGCGCUCUCGCACCUCGUCUUCGACGCGAUGCCCGUCGCGGAGAUCUUCGAGCCGCUGUGGGCCGCGUUCGGCGCACAGGCGCGCACAGUCGAGCUCGGGGUCAGCCUCAAGUUCUAUGUGCACGACUUCCUCGCGCUCGUGCUCGCGGGAUGUCCGCGCCUCGCAGAGCUGAACUACUACGUGCACUUCACGCACGCACCCGUGCCGUCGCGCGCACAGGAGGAGCUGCACACGGUCGGGCUGCACGCGCUCCCGAACUCGUUCUACGAAGCCGGUAGCGCCGACUUCUGGGCGCACCUGGGGCAGCACCUUGGGACGUACACGGAGGAGCUCUUCCCAGCGCUGCAGCGGGUGAAGUUGUAUGGAGACUGGAGCGCUGUU